AUGAUAUCAGUCAAUACUAUAUUUGAUCUUGUGUAUAUCGUGUUGCAAUUACCAUAUAAACUCUCGUCAUGUCAGGUCCAACCAAGCCAGAGAACUCGGGAGUUCGAAGUCAAGAAGGGGUCGUCUCCAGGCCUGAAGGAACAGACUCUGAGCCAAAGCCAAUCACUGAGACAGUAUCCAGUACCGAAAGAAAUAACCCUAUGGCCGGUAGAAUGCAUCAUGGACACAGCGAAAGAUCCCAAUUCGAGCCGUUCACGAGUCUCGCCGACCAGAAGAAAGCUGGAGAGAGGGAGUAUGGUUAUGACCAAGGACAAUCCGCUCCGGAAAACCGGUAUAACGAAGAUUAUAGCUUUAUGGAGAGGAAACCUGGAAAAAAGUCCUACUUUCGUGAACUCAUGGAGAAUUUCCGCUAAGGUUAGCUCCAUCCCUCUGUAUGGAUAA